AUGGGAGCUAAAGUUGGCAUCAACGGGUAUGUGCAUUCUCUACUUCUCUGUCAAGACAGAUAUUCAAAAUCACCCUCAUCGUUUGUCUCAUGCAUCAGAUUUGGUCGCAUUGGUCGCAUUGUCUUGCGCAAUGCCUUGGAAUUGGGCAACCUCGAUGUUGUCGCCAUUAACGAUCCAUUUAUUGCUCUAGACUACAUGGUGUACAUGUUCAAAUAUGAUUCAGUACACGGGCGCUUCAAAGGUACCGUGGAGGCCAAGGACGGAAAGCUACACAUAGACGGAAAGGCGAUCCAUGUCUUUAACGAGAAAGAUCCCGCUGCUAUCAAAUGGGGUUCCGUUGGAGCGGAAUUCAUUGUCGAGUCCACUGGUGUGUUCACCACGACAGAAAAGGCUCAGGCUCAUAUCAAAGGUGGCGCGAAGAAAGUUAUUAUCACUGCACCAUCUAGUGAUGCCCCAAUGUAUGUCGUUGGCGUAAACCACGAGAAAUACGAUGGCAAAGCUGAAGUUAUAUCUAACGCUUCAUGCACUACAAACUGCCUCGCUCCCCUCGCCAAAAUCAUGCAUGACAAUUUCAAUAUCAUUGAGGGCUUGAUGACCACUGUCCACGCCACGACAGCUACUCAGAAAACCGUCGACGGCCCGUCCCACAAAGACUGGCGUGGAGGCCGAAGUGUAGGCAACAAUAUUAUCCCAUCAUCCACUGGCGCUGCAAAAGCCGUUGGAAAGGUUAUUCCUGACUUGCAAGGCAAAUUAACUGGAAUGGCCUUCCGUGUACCGACACUCGAUGCUUCAGUUGUCGACCUUGUUGUCCGAACCGAAAAAGAAGUUUCUGCUGAAAAGAUUAUUGAAGUGUUCAAAAAGGCUUCUGAAAGCAAGGAGUACAAAGGCAUCAUGGGAUUUACGGAUGAGGCACUCGUGUCUACCGACAUCGUUGGCAGCAACUACUCUUCAAUCUUUGAUGCUCAAGGCUGUCUUGUACUCAACCCACACUUCGUGAAGCUUCUUUCCUGGUACGACAACGAAUGGGGCUACUCCCGUCGCGUCUGCGAUUUGGUCGCAUAUGUAGCCGGCGUCUAUUCCAAGUAA